GGUAGAUGCAGGCAGGUACAGGUAGGUGUAGGUAGAGCAUCUCUACCAGUACGAUUCGUCCAAGUAACUCAGUUCCACAAACAUAUAAGGCCAUGUAACUGAGUCAAGGUACUCAGUAACCAAGAAAACACCGUUGGAUUCUCCAUCGUCACGAUCAAGUACCGUUGUUUAUUCGGUUGACACGCUUAUAUGUUAUUACAAAUCAUUAUUUCACACGAAAUUGUACAAGAAGCCGCUACCAGUAUUGUGCGCGCAAGUGAAAUGUGAUAGAAUUUCUCUCAUGGUUUUUUUUGAAAAUUUCACCCGAACGUUUAAUUCAACAACAGGACUUUUUAACCGUACGAUAAAAUUCUACCUACAAUAAAACAUAAUCAUAAAUGGCGCGUUUAUUACACUUUCUAGUCAUAUUUACCAUUUUAUUUCAAUCGUCGUCAUCCGAUGAUGACGUGAAAUCGAAUAGCAUAGAAGAAGGAAAUUUAGAGACUUACGCUGAAGUAGCUUCAGACUUGUUACAAGAUCCAAAUGUUCAAAAUCUGGGAAGUGUGGUAAACGAUUUCAUCCAAUCGGAAGGUGGAAAGAACAUUGGAGACGCCUUGCUGGGUUCGAUCAAUAAAGAAGCAGCAGCCCAACAAAUUUUACAAGGAUUGGGAUCGAUAAUAAACCAGAAAGAAGGUCAAGGGGUCGAUACAUCAUCGAUCUUGGGAAACGUUAUCGGAAAUGCAAUCAAGUCAAGCUUGGAAUCUAAAGGCAAAGAUGAAAACUCCGAAAAGAAAUUGGGAAUAAAUUUAAAUGCAGAACUAUUAGGGACGUUAGCUCAAAGUUUUCUAAGUGGUGGAUCGAAAAAGGAAAACAAGGGAAUCGAUAUGCUGUCGAUACUAUCGAUGCUAGGGAAAUUUAUGAAUCAAGGCGGAGGAAAAGACGGAAGCAACAAUAUCCUCAACUUAAUCACAUCCGCUAUGUCGCUCAUGAAUAUUGAGGAUCAAGGGGGAGAGAACGGUAAUAAGAACUGGUUUAUCCCAGCAUUAUUAGAAAAGGUUUAUAAUUUCAUCACUACCUUCAUAAACUCCGACACUGGUAAGAAACUGGCCAAAAUGACUUUGGGCCCAAAAGUUGCCACUGCCUUUCUCGACAAAAAUGGACAGUUCAGUACGGCUAGGACUAUGGAACUAUUACAAAAUCAUUCCUUUAGGCGACACUGGAUUGAAACGAUAACCAAAAGAAUUGCUACCUUGGUAGCGUAUUUUACUAAUCCAGAAACUCAAACACGGUUUGUUAAAACGAUUGAAUUUGUCCUUAACAAUUUUCUUAAAAAUCAGCAAUUCCCCAAAGCCGCGCUUUUUGAUCCCGAAAGGCUUGAAGAAACGAUAACAGCCAUAAUAAAUUACGCAUCCACUAAAUAUUUAAACCAAAAGAUUAGUGCAAAACAGUACGUGAAACCAGCAGUACAAUACGUCCGAGAUCUAGUGAGGAUAGGCCAAAAGAGAGGAUUGUUUGGCUCAGGAAUUGACUCCAAAGAAUUUUCCGAUAAAUUAGCGGACACAAUUAAUUUGGAAAUUAUAGAACCUGUUGUCCGAGUGUACAGGGCGUUCCAGUUUGUAAAAACAAAUGCAAUAUGUGACAAAUACAUAUUUUGUCUUAUCAACCAAGAGAAUCCGAACGACCCUAUCACUCUUCCGGGGUUAAAAAAAGGAUUAAGUAGGGCAACGAGUCUUAUGGUAAGCUGGUUUGUUACCAAGCAUUCGGGUACCUCGUUUUGGACUAUUUAUGAUAUUAUAACGGAAGACAAACACAACUGUAAGACGUAUUACCAGCCCAUCUGUAACAACUUUCACGUAGAAGAAGAAAAAGUAACAACAGAAUAUGUACAUAACGAAUUAUAGUUGUAAUUAAACGAUAAUAGAAAAUAAGAAAAUUUAUUGUUAUCAUUUUUUUAAAUGUACCAGGUAUCUGUAAUUUUGUAAGUUGUACAUAUAGCUUCUUAAUAUAAAAAUUACCCAUUC